AUGUGACUUUCCAGCCCACACCUGCUCUGACAUACCGUACCACAGGUGGAAUUCUGGAUUUUUAUGUGUUCAUGGGGCCAACUCCAGAGCUUGUCACUCAACAGUACACRGAGGUGAUUGGCCGACCUGUGAUGGUACCUUACUGGUCUCUGGGGUUCCAGCUGUGUCGAUAUGGAUAUGAGAAUGAUUCUGAGAUUUCCAGCUUAUAUGAUGAGAUGGUGGCUGCCCAGAUCCCCUAUGAUGUGCAGUACUCAGACAUUGACUACAUGGAGCGCCAGCUGGACUUUACCCUCAGCCCCAACUACARUUGUUCCCUGGCCCCUGCAGGAUCUUUGGGAGAACUUAGCAAAAGGCAGGAUAGAAAAAAUCUGAAGCUGGGGAUAGAAUACCGAGCUUAUGUGGCCUUCCCAGACUUUUUCCGUACUUCAACUGCCUUGUGGUGGAAGAGAGAAAUUGCAGAACUGUACAACAAUCCAGAGAAUCCAGAGAGGAGCUUGAAGUUUGAUGGCAUGUGGAUUGAUAUGAAUGAACCAGCGAGCUUUGUGAAUGGGGCUGUUCCUUCAGGCUGCAGUGAUGCCAGUCUGAACCGUCCUCCCUACAUGCCACAUCUGGAGGCCAGGGACCGGGGCCUAAGCAGCAAGACCCUGUGCAUGGAGAGUGAGCAGAUCCUUCCAGAUGGCUCCCGCGUGCGGCACUAUGAUGUGCACAGCCUGUAUGGGUGGUCCCAGACCAGACCCACAUAUGAGUUUGUGUCAGACCAGGUGACAUGGGACAUAGAUGAUCAAUUCUUGCUGGGUCCAGCCUUCCUAGUCAGCCCUGUGCUGCAGGCUAACGCCAGAAAUGUCACUGCUUAUUUCCCAGAAGCCCGCUGGUACGAUUACUACACGGGUGCAAAUACUAAUGCCAGGGGAGUUUGGAAGGACCUAGCAGCACCUCUCAACCACAUUAACCUUCAUGUCCGUGGGGGCUACAUCCUGCCCUUGCAGGAGCCUGCACUGAACACACACUUGAGUCGGCAGAACCCUCUUGGUCUCAUCAUUGCCCUGGAUGAGAACAAUGAAGCAUCAGGAGAACUUUUCUGGGAUGAUGGGGAAUCCAUAGAUACCUUGGCCAAUAAAGUUUACCUUUUCAGUGAGUUUUCUGCCACCCAAAACCGCCUGGAUGUGAAGAUUUCACAAGCAACCUACAAGGACCCCAAUAAUUUAGCAUUUCAGCAGAUUAAAAUCUUUGGGACACAGGAACCCAGCAAUGUUACAGUGAAACACAAUGGUGUCCUGAGUCAGACUGCUCCCAAGGUCACAUAUGAUGCUCAGCUGAAGGUUGCCAUCAUCACAGAGAUCAGUCUUGUGCUGGGAGAGGAAUACACAGUGGAGUGGAACAUAGUCAUCAGAGAUGAAGAAAAAAUAGACUGCUACCCUGAUGAGCACGGUGCUUCUGAAGCAAACUGCAUUGCCCGAGGCUGUGCCUGGGAGGAAUCCAGUUCUGUUGGAGUCCCCCACUGUUAUUUUGUCARUGAUCUGUACUCUGUGAGCAAUGUCCAGUACAACUCCCAUGGGGCCACGGCUGACAUCUCCUUAAAGCCUUCUGUUUAUGCCAACGCCUUCCCCUCCACACCUGUGGAUCCCCUCCACCUGCAGGUGACCUACCAUAAGGAUGAAAUGCUGCAAUUUAAGAUUUAUGACCCCAACAAGAGUCGUUAUGAAGUCCCAGUCCCCUUGAACAUAACAAGGACUCCAUCCAGCACCUCAGAGAGUCGACUCUAUGAUGUCCUCAUUAAGGAGAAUCCAUUUGGAAUAGAAAUUCGYCGUAAGAGUACAGGCACUGUAAUUUGGGACUCUCAGCUCCUUGGCUUCACCUUCAAUGACAUGUUCAUCCGCAUCUCCACCCGCCUGCCCUCCAAGUACAUCUAUGGCUUUGGGGAAAAUGAGCACACAGCCUUCAGGAGAGACUUGAACUGGCACACGUGGGGCAUGUUUUCCAGAGAUGAACCCCCCGGGUACAAGAAGAAUUCCUAUGGCGUCCACCCCUACUACAUGGGACUAGAGGAGGACGGCAGUGCCCAUGGAGUUCUCCUGCUGAACAGCAAUGCCAUGGAUGUGACUUUCCAGCCCACACCUGCUCUGACAUAUCGUACCACAGGGGGGAUUCUGGAUUUUUAUGUGUUCAUGGGGCCAACUCCAGAGCUUGUCACUCAACAGUACACGGAGGUGAUUGGUCGACCUGUGAUGGUACCUUACUGGUCCCUGGGGUUCCAACUGUGUCGCUAUGGAUAUGAGAAUGAUUCUGAGAUUUCCAGCUUAUAUGAUGAGAUGGUGGCUGCCCAGAUCCCCUAUGAUGUGCAGUACUCAGACAUUGACUACAUGGAGCGCCAGCUGGACUUUACCCUCAGCCCCAAGUUUGCUGGGUUUCCAGCCCUGAUCAAUCGCAUGAGGGCUGAUGGGAUGCGGGUCAUCCUCAUCCUGGACCCAGCCAUUUCUGGCAAUGAGACACAGCCCUAUCCUGCCUUCACUCGGGGAGUGGAGAAUGAUGUCUUCAUCAAAUAUCCAAAUGGUGGAGGCAUUGUCUGGGGAAAGGUCUGGCCUGAUUACCCUGAUAUUGUUGUCAACAGCUCUCUGGAUUGGGACAGUCAAGUGGAGGUAAAAGGCCCUUUUUGGAUACUGGGCAUGAUGGAGUUCAGCCUCUUUGGCAUCUCCUAUACGGGAGCAGAUAUCUGUGGGUUCUUCCAAGAUGCUGAGUAUGAGAUGUGUGCUCGCUGGAUGCAGCUGGGAGCCUUUUACCCCUUCUCCAGGAACCACAACACCAUUGGCACCAGGAGACAAGACCCUGUGUCCUGGGAUGCUGCCUUUGUGAAUAUUUCCAGGAGUGUGAUGGAGACCCGAUACACCCUGUUGCCAUAUCUGUACACCUUGAUGUUCAAGGCCCACACGGAGGGCAGCACUGUGGUGCGGCCUCUUCUGCACGAGUUUGUGUCAGACCAGGUGACAUGGGACAUAGAUGAUCAGUUCCUGCUAGGUCCAGCCUUCCUUGUCAGUCCCGUGCUGCAGGCUAAUGCUAGAAGUGUCACUGCAUAUUUCCCUGGAGCCCGCUGGUAUGAUUACUACUCAGGUGUGGAUAUUAAUGCAAGGGGAAUGUGGAAGGACUUGGCAGCCCCUCUUGACCACAUUAACCUUCAUGUCCGUGGGGGCUACAUCCUGCCCUGGCAGGAGCCUGCACUGAACACACACUUGAGCCGCCAGAAAUUCAUGGGCUUCAAGGUUGCUUUGGAUGAUGAGGGAUCUGCUGAGGGCUGGCUCUUUUGGGAUGAUGGGCAAAGCAUCGAUACCAUUGAAAAUGGAUUAUAUUAUUUGGCCCACUUUUCUGCCAGCCAGAAUACAAUGCAGAGUCAUAUAAUUUUUAACAAUUAUGUUGUUGCUACAAAACCAUUGAAAUUGGGCUACAUUGAAAUCUGGGGUGUGGGCAGUGUCUCUGUUUCCAGUGUGAGCAUCACUUUGAGGAACGGGAAUGAAAUACCUCCCUUCACCUACAAUUCUACAACACAGGUGUUAAAAAUUGAUGUGACCAGCAAAAGCAUCAGCCUACAUGAUUUCCUUUCAUUGACAUGGAAGAGCUCUCCAUAAAUUUUUAGAGCAAGAUCCUAACUUUGAGCAACUCUGAAGAUACUUAUACUUCAUGACCAUAAAAUUAUUGUGCAUUGUUAUUGAUUCUUGCCCAGUAUGGAUAAGAUAUUUUAUUGAUUUGAUCAUGUUUUGUCUGUGAAUCCUAAACAUUAAAUUUUAGCUCUGUAGGAUAGACAGUAGAGAGGUGUGGAAAAUCUAUGGAUUGUCUUAAUGUGUGUGGUUAGUAUGGUACAGAUGAUUCAUCAUAUGAGGAUGAACUAGUCCCAUGCAGUGUGUGUAUGUGUGUGUGUCUGUGUAUGUAAUUAUGGAAUGGGCCCUACUUUCUUGCUACGGAUGUAGAAAAAACUUGUCAUGACAUUUCCUGGUCAUGAAGCUAAGCAGUACCUCAAGAAAGCAUUCAUAAAGAGCAUCUGCUAGUUGCUUAUAGGGAGAGGGGAAAAAUAUGCUAAGAGCAUGAUAUAAGAGAGGAAACCACAUCCACUCAGGAAGACCACAAAGACAAAAGCAUUUAUUUACCUUACACUUUUGACAUCUUCUGUUAACAAUAGGGAAAUAAAAUAUAGGUGCAAGAUAAGCAGGGAAGAUUUGAGGCCACAAAAGAUGAUGACAAAAGUGAUCAAAAAUUGUCAGGAAUAGUGGCCUCAUGGGGAAGGGAAAAGAAGAGUCAACUCAUUUGAAAGAGAGCAGUGAAGGAGUUUGGGUAUGAAAGGUAAUUUAUUUUCACACUAGUGUGCUUUGAAAUGUAUAAAUCAUGUGUGUCCACCUUGCCUAAUAUGUGUAAC